AUGUCCGAUCAACCGCCGGCUGAAAAUGCCGAUGUUCGACAACGUCGAGCACCGGAAUCACCUGUAACUGAACGACUGAGAGCACCGGCUCGAGAUGAUGCUCGACCGACAAGUGAUGAAAGUGAUAUGGAAGGCAUUUUGCAAGAUGAAGACAGUGAUGCUGGUUCAAAAAAUAAAGAAGAAAAAUUGGAGAGGCUAACACAGGCAAUACCACAGGAUAAGGGUAGUCUUGGAGUAUUCGCUGAUUCAAUGCUCGAGGCAUUACCACCAAGAUGGAGAAAUUGGGUCGUUCGUGGACUUUUUUCCAUCAUCAUGAUUUCAACUUUCACGUUUAUUGUUACUCGUGGUGCCACUUGGCUCAUGUUUCUGGUAUUCCUGAUCCAAUUCAAAUGUUUCCAAGAAAUAAUCUCAAUUGGAUUAGCUGUGUAUCGUCUUUACGAUUUUCCAUGGUUCCGUGCUCUUUCGUGGUAUUUCUUGCUCACAAGCAAUUAUUUCUUCUUCGGUGAAAGUUUAAUUGAUUAUUGGGGAAUUGUUCUUAAGAAAGAUAAUUUCUUGCAUUUCCUGGUUGCUUAUCAUCGACUUGUUUCAUUUGCUCUUUAUUGCAUUGGAUUUGUUUCAUUCGUGUUGUCACUUCGUAAAGGAUACUACAUGAGACAAUUUUCAUUGUUUGCAUGGACUCACCUAACACUUCUCCUGAUUGUGAGCCAAUCGUUUUUCAUCAUUCAAAAUAUCUUCCAAGGACUUAUCUGGUUCCUUGCUCCAGUUGCAAUGAUAAUUUGUUGUGAUAUUAUGUCAUACAUGUUUGGAUUCUUUUGGGGAAAAACGCCACUUAUAAAGCUAUCACCAAAAAAGACAUGGGAAGGUUUUAUUGGAGGAGCUUUUUCAACGGUUGUUUUCGGAAUUCUCCUCUCCCUGGCUCUUUACAAUCGUCCAUUCUUCGUGUGUCCAGUACAACACUAUCAGACUGAUAGCUCAAAUUGCACAAUUCCAUUGGCAUUCCAACUUCAAGAUUAUCCAGUUCCACGUCCAUUCUCAUUUGUCUAUAAAAUUUUACGAAAAGAGCCAAUUAUCCAACUGUGUCCAUUCGUUUUUCACAGUAUUGCAUUGAGUUUGUUCGCUUCGAUUCUGGGACCAUUCGGUGGUUUCUUUGCUAGUGGAUUCAAAAGAGCUUUCAAGAUUAAAGACUUUGGAGAUGUCAUUCCCGGACAUGGAGGACUGAUGGAUCGAUUCGAUUGCCAACUUUUAAUGGGAACAUUUGUAAUGGUUUAUAUUCAUAGUUUCAUUCGUGUUCCUGAUGCUUCAAAACUUCUUAAACAAAUCAUGACACUCGAACCACAAGAUCAACUUAACAUCUUUAAUCUUCUUCAAUCAGAACUAUCGAAAACUGGAUUAAUCUAGAGAUCUGUAACUGCAUCAUUUCAUUCCAUAUGCAUCUCAAAAAUGGAAUUUCUCUUUGUCUAGUCAUUCCUUUUUCCCAUUCACUACCAUUCUCUGUCCUGUUCCUACGCUUUAACCAGUCCUGUUUCAUUUUUUUGUUCAAAUUUCCACCAACUUCUUCCCAUUGACAAACAAAAAUAUGGUUGUGAGCCUUAUAUAAACCCAAAUUUUGUAGAUUCCACCAUCUUUUUAGGCUAUUUUAGCUGUGUGUACCUAAUAAACUAUCCUAUUUUUUGAAA